GGAGUAGGUAGAAACGUUUACAAUGUGAAGUAGCUACAAGACAUUGACCUUAGGUGAACAACAAUAAACCAUACACACGAAAUAGGAAAGAAACAAAUGGAAUUUCAAAUAUGGACAAUUAAAAGGGACGAAAUUAACUGAAAUACAGAAUUUUACCAAUUUUGGGAGGUGUAUGUUUUUGAAAUUACCAAUAAUUCAAGUUAAAAGAAGAUGAUGAUCGGAUUGUUUUUGUUGGUUAACGGAUAGUAUAAGCCAAAAAAUUACUAGUCGUUGAAGGGUUUAACAUACGUUAAAAUUCUAAUACUUCACCUUUAUAAACCAAAUCUUAAGAGUUUGAUGACGGCCUAAAUUGUCCCUCAUCGGUUAAUAUAUUUAAUUUGUUAAAUCUAAUAUACAUAUACAUAUAUAAAGGAGGCACUUUUGCUGAGAUAUUAGAGCGCCACGUAGGAUUAGUAAUGCUCUCGGCCAAUGAAAAGAAGAUUUCUAAUUUAUUUUUAAAUUAAAAAAUUCAAGUACCACGUAUGUAAUUAAGUAGAUGGCACGUGGAUAUAUAUCUAAGUUUUUAUUAAAAAAAAAAAACGUUAAACGUAUUUGAUAAAAGUAGAUAAACGUUUGAUGGGAAGAGUCCAAAAAACAAAAAGUCCUAAUACACUAGAUAUAACCUAAACGUUUAAGAUAAACGUAGAUAAACGUAUACUAAUACACUACAAUUCUUUAAGAUAUAAAUUGGAAGUUCUAAUCAUAUUCAAAUUUAUAAUUGAUGAAAUCCUAUAAAUUGGUCGUAUUGUUCAAUUCAUAACUCAUACACAAUCAUAUCUUUCACUUUUAAGUUUGGUUAUCAAUGGCUACUUCUUUGAUCCAUGAUUUAAAUUCCAGUAGGAACGAUUGGAAAAUUAAAGUUCGUGUUUCGCGCUUGAUUGAUGUGGUGAACUUCCGCAAACAAAAUAGUUUAAUUAGUUUGGACAUGGUCCUCAUCGACGAAGAGGGUGAUUAUAUGCAUGCCUCUAUUAAAUCCAAUUUUUUCCAGCACUUUCGUCUAAAAUUAACUGAGGGAAAAAUCUACACAAUCAGAUAUUUUUCGGUCCAACCUACCGUAUUGUUGGCGACAACAAGAUAAUGAUACAAUUUUUUCAAAAUACCGUUGUUAGGGCCGUUGGGAAUAUAGAUAAGAUUCCAAUGCAUCGAUUUGAUUGUGUACAAUUACAACACUUGAAUAAGUUUGUUAAAAACUACUCACUUCCUGAUGUCGUUGGUAUGGUUGUGAAUGAAGUUGGAGAUUCUAUCGAAAUAGAAGACCAAUGGGGACAACGAGCCCAAUUAAAAAUUUGGAGCAACUGUUUUGCUGAAUAUUCCCAACAAAGAACUCAACUUGGUGAUUCUACUAAGCCUUUUGCUAUAGUUGUUACGUCUACCAUGGUAAAAGAAUUUUUAGCUUUUGUGCGACAAUGGAUCAAGAACUGCAGAGAGAAAUAAGGAAAAGAAGACGGAUGAUACUCGAUGUGGAAAGACAACAGAGGCCAUUACAAGCAAUGCAAGUGAAUCAAGAACCAAAUAACACAGAGUUGCAGAGAGAAAGAAGGAAAAGAAGACGAAUGAUACUUGAUGAGGAAAGACAACAGAGGCAAUUACAAGCAAAGCAAGGUA